CGCACUUGUAAUGGCGCAGUGUACAGUUUUAUUUAUACGGUUGCUAUAAUAACAUAUGUCUACCUUUUACAGUGAUCUUGCUAAAGAAAUUGAAGAAGAAGAUAUUUCUUUUGACCGUAAGAAAAAAAUCGAAGAUGAUGAUCUCGAUGAAAUACUGAAUUCACUUGACCAGAAAAAUGAUUUAGGAAAUCAGAAAUCAGUUUUCAAGCUGAAUGGCGAUACAAACUCCUCAUUGGAAUUCUCUGGAAGGACGGAUCGACCUAAAAGUCAAGGAAAAUCACCAAAAAAUAUUCUCGAUGCCUUAAUAGAUCCUUUCAAAGAAUGUAAUACUUUAAACACAGAAAAAUCUGAGGUUUUUUUGGACUCUGCACAAGCCAAUGAACAUAAGAAACGUCCUGGCUCGUCAGUUUCCAAAAGAACGGUUCGAUUUUCGGACGACGUAGAUACCAGUUUCCCGGAAAUGACCAACAGUAAAAUUUCUGAUUCUUCUGACCGUGAUCAGUCUGCUAUUGAUAAAUCAGUGUCGAAGAAAACUGAAAGUAAUGUUUCCAACCUAAGCAGACCGCAAACAGCUCCAACUUCAUCAGAAUUUGGAAGAUUGUCAUUUAGAGAUUCCUUUCCAGAUGACGAUGAAAGCUCUGCGAAUCAGAUUCUUGACAUUUUGUCAGACAGAAAAUCUCUUGACAACUCUAAGCCAACAAAGGCCACUCGACCGCAUACACGUCGCCCUUCAUCUUUGGAGUCAGUUACUCGAAUUCCAAUAACACCUCAACCAAAUAACUUUGACAGACUGAAUAUUGAUCAUUUGCGUUCUCAAUCACCAUUUGAAAAAAAGCAUAAUUAUGAAUCUAUUGAGUCAGAAGCACAAAUUAAACGUCUCGAAAUGGAACGUGAUAAUUUGAUGAAUCUAUUAGAAUUAAUCAAACGACAACAUCGUGAAGAAAUACAGAUUUUGGAGCAAACUUCAAAGACGAAGUUAGAUUUGAUGAAAGAAGGUGCAGAACGUAAGGAAAGCCGUUUAAGAGAAGAAAUCAGUUUCCUUGAAACACAGAAUCGUGAACGCCUCCUUCAAAUGGAAGAAAAACGUGAUCAACUGCUUAAAGACUUGACGAAUAAGCUGAAUGAAACUCGUCAAACACACCAACGAGAAUUGGAGGAAUUAAAAAGCUCUCAUAAUGAAGAAAUUGAAUUGUUAAAACAACACCAUCAGGAGUUGAUAGAUCGACUUAAAUCAGCAUCACAACUUGAAAUGCGUACAAUAACUGAAUUGCAACCAAACAGUGAACAAUUAAAAAAUCUUUUAGACCAACUGAAAACUACUUUAAUGGAUUUAAGUAGACAAGAACAAGAACAAAUAAGAAAUGCAAAUAUUCGACAGGAGCAGUUAGCAAGACGUGAAGAGGCAUUACGUGCGAUUGAAGAUAGAUUAAAUCAACGUGAGAAUUCAUUGGAUUAUGAACGGAAACAAAUAGCUGAUUCAUUCACAAAACUAGAAAUUCAGUUUCGUGAACACACAAAAUUAGCGACAGAUGAUAAAUGGGCCGCUAAACAAGAAUACGAUCGACUAGCAAAAACUCAAAUCAGUCUAGAAGAAGAAAGACGUUGUUUAAUCGAUCAGUCAGGAAGAGCACGAGCUGAGAUGCAGCAGUUAGUGACGACAUUUAUCGGUGAACAUCGGAAAGCUCAGGUGAAAAAUAUGGAGGAACGUAAUUUAAUCGCUGAAGAACACCAACGUCUUCGUGCAGAACAAUUAAACUGGGAGGAGAAACAAAAAGCAGAUGAAUUAGCCAUGAAAAAGGCUAAGGAAGAUAUCGAUACAAUGAAAGAUGCACUAGCAUCAGAACGUCAAGCUUUGAAUGAAAGAAUCAGUAAAGUUAGAAUAGAUGAAGUGAAAUUAGAAGAAACCAGACGGCAGUUAGAUAUUGUUCGAUGUGACCUUGUUCGUGAACAAGAACUGUUAACACGGCGUGAAGAAUACUUGGAUCAAAGGCAAGAUGAAUUGAACAAACGUGCUGAUGUGUUAAGUCAAGCUGAGAAAUUGCUAAAGGAAUCUGAGUGCCGACAUCGUCGGUUACAAGAUGAACAAAGUAGACAAUUUGCUGAACUUCAAGAAAGAAGUCAUAAACUUCAUGAAGCUGAAAAACACCUUGUUAUAGAGAAAAAAGAAUUAGCUCAACAAAUGGAGAAAUUAAGUAAGCGUAAAAUGGAAACAGAAAAUCUAAGGCAAUCGCUUUGCUCAAAUUGUCGUACACCAGUGAGAGAAAGCAGUGCUUCAAAUCUGCGAAUACGUCAUAAAUUAGGAAGUAGUAAUGCUGGAGGAAUAAUAAACAAUGGAGUCAAACAAGUAUCAGCAUUACAUAAUGACGUCAAGGCAGGGAACGGAACAUGGGUUGAUUUUUGUCAGUUACGUGCCUCUCAGGAUCAAGAUGCUCGUUACCUCGAGGAAGAAAGUCGAUAUCUAGAAAAUAUCAAAAAGUCGUUGGAAAAUACAACCUAACCAGGUGGACAAAAAACACUGACAAAAAAAUACGAUUUUGAAAUGGGACAGAUAAAAGUUGUUGUUUUUUUUUAGAAAAAAAAUUAGUAGUAGUAUAAGUUAUCACUGUUACACAUCAACAAAAAAUGAAUUUCUGUUUGCUUGAUUUUUUUCCAAUCUUCUCUUCUUUUUGUGUGUUAUCAAGCUUCAAUUUGCCGAGAUAUUUUUGUUUUUGCUUUUGUAUUUUUUAAUUCUGAGUAUUGUAUUUUUCACUUGUCGAUUUGUGUAUAAGAGUUUACUUACUUAUGCGUACAUGUGAGUGCACAUGCGUGUGCGUGUGUGUGUUUGUGUGUCUGCUUACUCAGAUUACGGCACAUCAGCGCUUGUGUUUGUUUAACAGAGUACAUACAACUCUCAGAGUGUGAGUAUAGUGAUUAUAGCGGGUAAUGUAGAGUUUCCCAUGAAAGAGUUUUAGUUUUACACGUACUUUUCUAUAGGUAACAUUAUCACUACUGUAAGCAUUAUACUUAGUACUUAUUAUUAUUAUUACCAUUUAUUAUCAUUAUUAUCGUAGAACAGUUGAUGUAUGCAAUUUCCAAU